AGCUGCGGAGCGACCACCGUGAAUUAAACACCGUGCCUUUUGCGUUUAAAGUUGCUUAGUUUAGCUUUUUUACUAAACUAAGACGAUAUUUACUAGAACAAAGUUGUGGAAGGUGUUGUGAGGCUGCCUAGAAACAUUAAAAUAAGUCAACCAUGCAAUCCAGAAGUGCCUGUUUCGUGGUAUUCGGUUUGGUGCUGCUAGCGUUUGGCGUCCAACAGGGCUUUGGUAUUAAGUGCUGGGAAUGCCGCUCAGAUUCCGAUCCCAAGUGUGCCGAUCCGUUCGACAACAGCACCCUUUCCAUCACGGAUUGCAAGCAGGUGGAACCGAAAGCACAUCUCCCGGGAGCGCAGGCAACGAUGUGCCGGAAAAUACGCCAAAAGGUGCACGGCGAGUGGCGAUACUUCCGUAGCUGUGCCUUUAUGGGUGAACCAGGUAUCGAAGGAGACGAGCGGUUCUGCCUCAUGCGCAGCGGUACCUACAACAUCUUCAUGGAAUACUGUACCUGCAACAGUAAAGAUGGAUGCAACGCGGGAUCGCUUCUUUCGCCAGCCAAAUCACUCAUAGCUGCUCUAGUUUUAACAUUUUCGAGUCUCAUAUUUCGUAAUUGAAUCCUGCCAUGCCGGAAACAGGAACGUUUCUGGACCAAGUAGUUUUAAUCGAGAAGCGCGGAACGUAUUUCAAAGUAUUGCCUUACAGUCAGGAACGAAUCUCUGUCCAUGACCGGCAGAGUAUAGCAUUUGCCGUCUUCACUUAGCAAUGAAUCAUUCCGUCCACUAGCAAAAGUGAAUCUCUUAUGACUGCUGGAUUUUACGCCGCAGCAUUUUAUAUUGCUAACGAAAUAAACAACUUUUUCCUAUUA